GUCGCAGAUGGAUUCUGGACAUGACUCUACUCGUGGUGUCCAAAACCGAAGUACAAGGAGGUUGAUGAGGAGCACUCUGGUUUUCAAUAGCUGGAAUCAGCGUCUGCUGGACAACUUGGCGGGUUCCAAACAACGUGGCGGUGACGACAUUCCAUGGGAGGUGGAUUAUAAGGAGGAAAAAAAGCAAGUGGAGGAGCUCUCUCAGGAUGCAAAAAAGGGAGUGGAGGAGUGGCGGGCUCGUUCGCGGACUGCGAAUGACAGUUUGAAUGACACUGAUGAGGAGGAGGAGGAGGACAAUGGUGAUGAUGAUGAUGAUAAUGUGCCUGCAGUUGAUGAGGUUGUGAGUCGUGAGGCAACUACAGACGGUAUGUGCACAACACAGAGGGAGGUGACGCGUCACAGACUUCAUGACAGUGUCCUCGAACUGGAGAGGGAGAUGAAUGAAUCGUGGAGGAAGCCUGCCAGGGCUUCUAAGUAUUUGGCCCGGGCCCAUCUGGAUAAGAUGGAGAGAGUCAUGGAAACAAUGACUUCAGAACACGCUGAGAAAUAUCUAGCUGCCCGGGCCAAGGCUUGUGCACCAGCUGCAAAACCUGUCAAAAGGCCGAGGGGGCGACCAUGUAAGGUGACCAGGCCGUUGGAGAAGGAAGCCGCUACCCAAGGGGUAACGGACGAUGAGGAGGAGGGGAAGGAGGAGGGCAGAUCAGAAGAAGAAGAUGUUGCUGUGACAUCUGCCAAACGUCCGAGGGGCAGACCACGAAAGGAGGCAGUUCAAUUGUCGGAGGACACAACAACUUGCCUGGUGACUGCUGAUGUCGAAAGUGAGGCAAGAGCUGAUGAUGGGAGUGACAACAAUUCUGAAGAGGACUGCGGCUCGAAAGAAAAUAAACUAAGCUAAAAGAAAAAAAAUUGGCUGCAUCUCGUUACGACUAUGAGGAAAAAAUGUGCGUCGACGACAAAAUAACCAAG